AUGGCUUUCAUCUUCAGAACGGCCGUGCAAUCUGUAGGGCUUCUGCUCGCACUACUAGGAUGGGUCCUAGCCAUUAUUACAACGUAUCUGCCCCACUGGAAGAACCUCAACCUGGACCUGAACGAGAUGGAAAACUGGACCAUGGGGCUCUGGAAAACCUGUGUCAUCCAGGAGGAAGUAGGGAGGGAAUGCAAGGACUUUGACUCCUUCCUGGCCUUGCCAGCUGAACUCCAGAUCUCCAGGAUCCUGAUGUCUCUGUCGAAUGGGCUGGGGCUGCUGGGACUGCUGGGCUCUGGCUGCGGCCUGGACUGCUGGAGGCUCGGAGAGAGCCAGAAGGGUCUGAAGAGGCGGCUGCUCAUCCUGGGAGGGCUCCUGCUCUGGACUUCAGGCGUGAUGGUCCUGGUUCCUGUCUCCUGGGUGGCCCACGUGACGGUUCAGGAGUUCUGGGAUGAGACCCUGCCUGAGAUUAUGCCCAGGUGGGAGUUUGGGGAGGCCCUUUUCCUCGGGUGGUUUGCUGGCUUCUGCCUGGUGCUCGGAGGGUGCCUGCUCCACUGUGCAGCCUGCUGGAGCCCGGCUGCCCCCGCCUCGGGUCACUAUGCAGUGGCAGGAUUGCAAGACCACGGUUCAUACCUGGAAAACGGAACUGCACAGCCUCAAGUGUGA